AAUGUCAGUGUCUGCUUACUGUAUAUUUUGCUACAGACAAAUAGGAACCUCAGGUUCAGCCACAAAAACACACCUACCCUGGAAUGAUAUCAGAAGCAUUGCAUUUUUUUUCUUUUUCAAACUUCUCUGCCAGUUAUUUCUUCAACAUGUAGCUGCUGCCUCUUGUCUGCAUGCCAAAUUCUUAUGGUCUCACAAAGACGGAAGCUGGUAGCAGUGGUUGUGGGGCAAAUCUCCCAAUUCAUGCUGAGGAAAAGAAAUUAUUCAUGAUAGGAAAAAUUGCAAAGGUAACUGGAUCGCUUGUACUAGGAGGUUUUGUAUUCAUUACAUAUGAAGUCCUGUCCUUAAAUAAGUUGCUGCAAAUUGAUACUCAAGCUCUACAUCAAGAAAAACUUAAAUCAUAUGUAUACGUACGUACAGCUUCUCUAAAUCCAAGUGAAUAUCAAGGGAUCACAUACAAAGCCAGAAAAGAAAUCCAUAAAGCAGUGAGGAAAAUUCUAGAAACUGAAGCUAAAAUAUUCCGGAGACCUUUUAAUGAACAAUUCAGUACAUUUGAUGGAGAAGAGCAUGAAUGUGCCUUAUGGCUUCUCUUAAAGAGAACUCAGUCAGAAGACAAAAUGGUCCGACUGCAGGCUGUACAAGACCUGGCAAGCAACAGUCACUGGCGUGAUUAUCAAUAUGGUACAGUUGCUCAAACCUGUGAUCAAAGGACUGCUAUAGGUUUGGCUCGAUCCAAAGGUGUUGACCUUCGCUUUUUCCUGCCUCCACCACCAUUGCCAAAAAUAAAGACUGAUUAUCCCAUAGAAGAUGAGCUUCGCUUGUUGUUAGUAUCUUUACCACAGACUGGUCUUGAUCCAUGUGUUCAGUACUUCACAUCUCUUGCUUUACGUGAAAGUAGCCAGACUCUUGCUGCACAAAGGGGAGGCUUAUGGUGUUUUGGAGGAAACGGACUUCCAUAUUGUGAGACAUUGAGUAAAAUCCCUUCAGAAACAGUGGAACUCUUUUGCUUGCAGGCUUUAGUACAGCAUUCUAAGAUUUCUUCUCACUGUGAUAAAAUUGAAGCUAAAGGAGGCCUUCAGCUACUACAGAGGAUAUACCAGCUACGUAAAGAUUCAGCAAAGAUACAGAGGAACAUAAUUCGCAUUAUUGGAAAUAUGGCUUUGGAUGAACAUCUUCAUUCAUCCAUAGUACGUGCAGGUUGGGUUUCUGUACUUGCUGAAGUAAUGAAAUCCCCACAUAUCAUUCAGUCUUCUCAUGCAUCCAGAGCUUUGGCUAAUCUAGACAGGGACAUGGUGGAAGAAAAAUACCCAGAUGGCGUUUAUGUCUUACAUCCACAGUAUCGUAGCAGUCAACCCAUCAGAGCAGACAUCCUUUUUGUUCACGGUCUUUUGGGAGCAGCAUUUAAAACCUGGCGACAGCAAGACAUUGACAGGCAUUUGGAUAAAAAGGUCUCAGAAGGUGAAGAGGACUAUAGUCAGUGCUGGCCAAAGACAUGGCUGGCUUCAGACUGUCCUUCCCUUAGAAUCCUAUCUGUAGAAUAUGACACCCAUUUGAGUGACUGGAAAGCAAAAUGUCCUGUUGAGGCUCACAGGAAAUCUAUUGCUUACAGGAGCAGUGAGCUGCUUGACAAGCUCAAAGCUGCUGGGAUUGGAGACAGACCUCUGGUGUGGGUAUCUCAUAGCAUGGGUGGUCUUCUAGUCAAAAAGAUGCUGGUGGAUGCUUCCAAGAAUCCAGAAAUGGAUAAAAUUGUAAACAACACCAGAGGAAUCAUAUUUUAUAGUGUACCUCACCAUGGUUCCCAGCUGGCUGAAUAUUCUAUAAAUGCCAGAUAUCUUCUCUUUCCGUCUGUGGAGGUUAAAGAACUCAGCAAGGAUUCUCCUGCACUUAAAGAGCUGAAUGAUGACUUCUUGUCUUUUGCCAAAGACAAGAAAUUUUCAGUGCUGAGUUUUGCAGAAACCUUACCCACGCACAUAGGCAGCAUGUUAAAACUACAUGUCGUACCUUUGGAAUCAGCAGACUUAGGAAUUGGAGACCUUAUUCCGGUGGAUGUUAAUCAUCUAAAUAUUUGUAAGCCAAAGAAGAAGGAUGCUUUCCUGUACCAACGUACACUGAAGUUCAUUCAGGAUGUUUUAGCCCAAGAACUUAGAGAUUGAAUAUUUGCUAUCCUUGGCUAUUUGUGCCCUCUGUUUGGUGUGACACAGAAAGUUCUUAUUUGUUAGGGGAUCUGCAGAACUACACGAGUGCUAUGUCAGUAGUAUCUGCGGCUGAAUAAUUUUCAGUACAUCUCCAACUUAGACACCUCUGCAAUUUAUUUCUAAAAUACAUUCAAAACAAAUAUACACCUAGCAGAAAGAAAAUGUGUGCCCAAGAUAUCUUCUUUUAGCAAAAAAACACAAGCUUGCUUUGGAGACAGGUAAAUAUACAUCUGGGACAAAGUCUUAUAGAGAGGAUCAGAAACAAUUAACUGAGGUGAUUAUUUAUUGUGACAAAAAGGCAAAGAAGCUGCCGCAAAGUGUUGGUUUACUGUCUAUGCUAAGUAGUCUGACUGGAGCCUGGAGAAACAAUAUCCAAAUAAAUGAAGGUAGCAUUUUCGUCUAGUGGCCCAGUUAGAGGAGAUUUUGUCAUUUGCCUUUUCAUUUAUUAGAGCACCCAGAUUUGUCAACAAAUAUGGCAUCUAUUUUCUGCAUGAGAAAGAGAUGGGUUGGUAGGUUGUCUUGCUUAGACAACUGUCAUGGUUUUUACCUUGUCUGUUUUACUGAAAACAAAAGAAAAGAAAUAUUCAUUUUCUUGUACAUUUCUCUCCUAAUCUUAGCAAUGUGUGAGAUUCUUUCUUUAGGACAGCAUGUCUCUGGUCAGACACAGGGCAGUUCUGUGCCUGUUCACAAGGAAGAUACAGAACAGAGGCUUAGCUCUUCUGCUUUACUCUUAGGAUGUUCUGAGAAGAUGGUAUACGUUCAAAUCCCUGGCUCCUGUUUCUCUUACAGAACCUCUUCUUUAGCUGAUUUAAAGAAGAGUAUUGAAAAUGCUCAGGUGGAUUAAGAAAAAUGUGGGCCCUGACAAAAAAGCUCAUGUUUUAGUAGAGAAAAGUAAAGCAGGGAAAAAUUUGGAUGAUCAUAAGGCACCCCUGGAAAUGCAGAUCACCGCAGAUGUUUUGGUUUCUUGGGGCCCAAGUAUAUUUAUUGGUGUAGAUACAGAAAAAACCAGCAGUGUUGUCUUAUUUGAGUUUGUUUACGUUUAGGGUACCUUAACAGUACUGAUGAGAAAUCAGUAUUUUUAGACAAAAAAAUGGCAGUGCACAGUCACUUUUUUGAAGUCUUAGGUAGUUUGCACUGUAGUUAAAAGCAGCCUGGUCUAAUUGUGGUCUCUUUCCUUCCUUUCUUUACACCCCCAACCCUCUCUGAAAACAAGCAUAGGCUAUGAUAAGGCUGUAUUACCUUUGCUGACCAUUUGUUAAGUAAGGCCUGUACUGAUGACAGGCCUGGGGUGUCUCCUAACGUCACUUAUGUGAGAUGGAUCUAAUGUUACUGGCCUUAAAAUUAUGAAAGCUACCAGAGAGGUGGGAUGCACCUCGUGGUUCUGUGUGGGCUUGGUUCUGAUGCCAGUGGGCACUGCAGUCCUGCCAGUCCUGAGGCCACCUCAGCUGUUCCCACUUCAGAGCACUCCAGCCUAGGAAGACACUACAUCUUAAAAUACACUUCUAGAAGUUGAGCCUUGACAUGAGGGGGUCUGGUACUAAAAUUCACAAGAGCAGUACAGAGAAUGUGCAGCACUACACUGGCAACCCCCCCAACCAAGAUGUAGGUAAGAAUGCUGCAUUGCAGUGUUUCAUAUAGAAAAUGUAACAGACCUGUUGUAAUUUCUAAACAGCUUUAUCCUUUUUACACUGUGGUUUGACUUCAGUCUAAAUAUAGUAGUACACUUUGUAUUCACAAAGAAGAGAGUAUGUGGAAUUCAUUGUGAAUAGACAAGACUUCUAAUAAUUGACUGCUUGUUUAGUUUGACAAAUCUAUUGAUUUUAGUAGACUUCUUUGGCUUACAGGGAUUCAGAUCAAUGACAUUAAACAUUAAUCUUAGUAAAUGCAUCUAUGUUUUGUUACUGGAACUGGAAUUCCUAAGGCAAUGUUUUGCUUUUUGUAACUAUUUAUAUAUGUGUAACUUUUAAAACUAAUAUUUGGCAGGUGGGUUGUUGGAUUUGCGUUUUUUGUUGGGGUUUUUUUGGAAUAUAGUAAUAACAUGUGAUUUAAAAAAUGUCUUAGAUACAUUACAACAUGUAUUAAAGGUUAAUGAUCUGCCAAAUGAA